AUGGCGCGACGCGCGGGGGCCCGGCAGACGCUGGCCCUAAGGCGGGGAGAGGGCGGGGACGCCGAGGCCCCGGCUCUCGCUCCGGCUCCGGCUGAUGUCCGGACGCAGGCCUGGCUCCGGCCCCGCGGGCCGCAGCUCCUCCCCGGGCGCGGCGGUUGGCGGUUGGCGGCUGGCGGCGGCGGGGAGGGCGCGGAGGAGGGAGGGAGGGAGCGAGGGGGCCGCUCGUCGCCCGCCUCAAUCAGACGCGGCUCCGCACCGGCCUCGGAGAGAAAACAGUCCCCAGCGCCACCUCCACGGCCGCUGCUACCGCUACUGAGCCAACAAAGGGGCGUGCGUCACCGCGUCGCGCUGCGUCGUGGCGUCACUGUUCUUGGCGUCACCGCGCCCCGCCCCUCGGCCCCUGUGUGGAGUGCGGGGAGACCCCACGGCCGGGGCUGGCCCUGGGAGCCAGGCGCCGCGGGAAUCGCCGCCUGGGUUCCCGCUGCGUUCGCUGUUCGGACGGACGCUGGCCGACACCAGCUGACAGUGUACUUGAGGAGGCUGUGGCCUCCUGGUCACCGAGAGGGGGCCCUUAGGCCGCCCCGGGAGUGGUUUUGCCACUGGCUAUGGGGAUCCAGCCAUUCGCGCAAACCAAUGGGGAAGGCGGCCUUCCCACCGGGCAGUAAAGACCCUUCCCGCCCAACCUGGAGUAAUUCCAGGAAGACCUUGGAUGUUGAGCUAAUAUUCCUGUUGCCUGGGCUACUCAGAGGAUUCUGUUUUAUGCAGAACCUCUCAGCCACGCAGCAGGUGUUCUCGUUUUAAGUAAUUCACUUGACUCUGUGCCCUGGUACAGACGUGCUGUGAUUUAAGUCGCCUGUAGUGACGUCAUUUAAAAGAAGCGGUCUCUAAACUCCGCUCAUUAAGCGCCUAUUCAAGGCCAGAACAUUGGCAAAGUCGUGGCUUGCCUUAGUUGAGCACUGUAGCCACAGUACCUGUGUUAUGCCUGAGACUCAAAGAGGAAGAGACUUGACCAAGGCCACAGAACACUUGCCCUAUUUUAGACCCUGGGUGACCUUAAAUAUCGAUCAUAAAAACACUUUAUAACGUAUAGUAUGUAUUAUAUACUGCAUUGUAUAUAAAAUGCAUUGUAAGACAACAUAAGACCGGUAAAAGAAAUAUCUGCAGGGACCAAAUAAAGCAGAGAGAUAGUGCUUGUCUUUUAUCUGGAAAUGUGCUGUUUGAGCUUAGUGUUGAUAGAUGGCUAGGAGUUUAAUGGAAGGUAGGGAAGAUGGUCGAGCCUGAGAAAAUAACCGAAUUUUGAGUUCCCUGGCGGUGCAGCAGGUUAAAAGUCCAGCAUUAUCACUGCAGUGGCUUGGGUCGCUGAUGUGGCACGGGUUCAAUCCCUGGCCUGGGUACUUGCACAUGUGGAGGGCACAUGGCAAAGAGAAGAAAAAGGAGAAGGAGAAAACAGCAAAAACAAUAGCGCAGUAGGUGUAAAGUAGUUUAGUUUGAGGAAGGGCAAACGGCAAGUUAGUGGCCAGGACAGUAAGAGUAAUUUAUGCCAUUCUAACAUUAGACUUAAUUCUUUGUUGGCAGAACAGGAGAACCAGAGAAAUGUUCUGAAGGGAGAAGCAUAAGAAAACUCCCUCUUGGGAUAACUUGAAUAAUUGGCCAGAUUGGAAAUCUUUUAAAGCCCGAAUCCCUAACUUACUGAUAAAUCUUAAUGUUGAACCUACAAAUUCCCUUUGGAAAUUUAUUUUGAAAAGUGAAAAAUUCCUUUACAAUGUAUGUUAGCCUCUACUAAUUUGUCCAUUUUGUAAUUUCUUUUUUAGCCACACCUGCAGCAUAUGGAAUUUCCCAGCUGCAACUUCAACCUAUGCCACAGCUGUGGUAACAGUGGAUCCUUAAGCCACUCUGCUGGGCCAGGGAUGGAUCCCCAGCCCUAGCAGCGACCCGAACCACUGCAAAGACAAUGCCAGAUCCUUAACCUGCUGUGCCACAGAGGGAACUUCCAUUUUGUAAUUUAUUUUUUAGAAUCAAAUUUCCUAAAGUAAUCUUAGGAUUUGCAAAUUAAAACUUUGAAACAUCAAUGCUGGUAGGUCUUGGUCCUUUGGUCCUGUUUUUAUUUAGCAAUUAUAGGUUGUUGCCACAACUGGGGCAAACUAAGGAUACUAGCAACCCUUCUCUCAACCCCAUCUCCAUUGUUAUAUACCUAUGGGAAAAAAUCAGCCACACUUAUCAGUACCCUAAACUCCUUUGCCCCAUCUUUCCUUUCAUCUGCUUCUACCUUGAGUGAACCCUACCAUCCAUAUCCUCCCCUUUGGUACUGGAGCAGCUGACCACUACUGGAGAAAUUUGCGUAAUCACAUGCAUUCUGUUAUUAAAUUUCAAUCGCCUACCACAACUGAGCUCUCAAUACCACAGAGCAGUCCUGUUAAAUUUUUCUAAAUUAUUCUCCUACUCUAGGCAACCUUUUCAAACCUUCACCAGUUUUUCAGAUCCCCAACCCUGCCCUUCCAAAUCCUCUUAAAGUACAUGACUUUACAUAACAGAGAAUUCUGAAAUCAUAAAGACCAAUGUGACUGAAGCAUACUGGGCAAAAAAGAGUGUUACUGGAUAAAGUUAGAGAGGGCAGAUCAGGGCAGGAGGUCAGUAGGACCUUGUAGGCUGCCUUAAGUUUACAUUAUUACAAUGGGAAGCAUUAACGUAGUUUAAGCAGAAGAGUGAAGAGUGAAACCAUAUGUGUGUUUUAACAACUAUGGGUGCUUUGUGGGAAAUGGACUAUGAAAGCAGAGACCAAUUGUGAGGCUCAGUAGUCAGGUGAAUAAUGAUAAUGGUUCAAGUUAGAGUUGUGACAGUGGAGAUGUCCUUGCAAAUAGCUAGAGUGUGAAGUUGAUAGAGGAAUUGAGGAUGCCUACUAAAUUUGCGGCUUGAGCAACUGGGUUAAUGGUGGUUCCAUUUACUGAAACAUAUUAAAUUUGAAAUGCUACUAGACAUUGAGGUAGAGAUGUUGAAUAGGCAGUUCUAUAUUCUAAUGUACAAGACUGAAUCAGGUCAGAAGUUAGGGCUAGAGAUAGAGUUUCACCAAAGUUUAUUUCAACAAUGUUGAGAAGCAGCAUAGGCUAAAGUUUAAGAGGUUAGACUCUGAAGGAGACAGAGCAGAAUUUACCUCUGCCCUGCUAGUUGAUGUCUGUAACUUUGAACAAAUUACAAAGCUUCACUUUGAAGGAUUAUAAUUCCAGUUUUCAUAGGACUAUUUAUGAGUAUCAAAUGCCUGGCACAUAGUUACGUGUUCACAAAAUUAGAAUUUUUAAAAAGUGUGUAUAAGUCACCUUGUAUCUUUUGGGGAAAAAAACCAUAGCUAAUUGGAUUUAUAACCUUUUAAUUGAUUUUUUUGAUUACACAGGUAUGUAUAUGGCCUAAGUCAUCCCUGUUUUCCAGGAAAGAAAACUGGUCAGCUUGUUUCUCAAAAAUCUUUUCCAUAGUCUGAUGACUUCUUUUUUAGUCAGUAUCAUGGGCAAUGUCAUAGUGAUUCUGAAUUUUGGGGUCUUGAUUCAUGGAUUAAACCAUCAUAACCAGAUUCUCAGCAACAAUCAUUCCAUUGGUAUUUUUAAAAAUACCUUAGAAUCAGAUUAGUUUAUAGUGCUAUUAAAGGAAACCAGUAUAACAACUUCUCUCUGGCCACUAAUUGGCCAAGGGAUGACCCACAUACAAUGUUUUUUAAGUGACUUGAUCUUAAAGGUAUUGCCUGUGUUACUGAUUUCUCAGCUAUGAUGAUUACUGGGUGGAAGUAUAGUAGUCUGUAAACAACAACAGGACAAGUUCCUUGAAAAAGAAUAGUCGAGUUAGUAUUUCCUUAGUGCCAAAAGAAUAAUUGUUUUGUAAUUGGGUACUCCCAUUGUUUCAAUGUUCUGAUAAGGUCAAAAAUAUUAGUAUACAUUUAUUAAAUAUCUAUUCCUGGGGCAAAACUCCUUAAGUAUUUAUAUGCUCACCAGUGGUUAACGAAUGAAAUUCCAACAGGAAAAAUAUGCAAGUGCUUUUCAGAUAAAUAAAAGUUAAAAUAGCCCUGAGGGCAGAUAAUAGCUGUAAGCUAUGGAAAACCUCUAGUAAUGGCACGGCACUAGGGUGACAGAAUGGGGGAUUUCUGGGAUGUGGAAUUUUCCGUGUUAAAACUAGGAAAUCUCAGACAAAUGGGGAUGUGGUCAUCUCAUCAAAAAUUCUUGUGUGAUCUUUCAAAAACUAAGUGGAAAUUGCUUUUUGCUAUUUUGUUUGUGAAAUGUUUUUAAUGCAGCACUUUUUGCUUUUUAAAAAAAAUUGAGUUGUUUCUGUGUUUUGCAGG